UGCAAUAUAACUUUUCAUUCCAUUUACAUCACGGCGAACACGCACUCGGUGCUUCGACGGUGAUUAACAACAGUUACGUGAUUCCGAAGGAUCAGAGGCAUAUCCAAGGGCCGAUCUAGGGUUCGUAAAGAGGAGAUACGCCAUCGUUAUAAAUCUGAUCUUGGAGAUGAUUAUAUCCUCAGUUCAAAAAUAAAAUUUCCUAUCUCAUUAUAUCAUCAAUAUGUCUUCUGCUCAAGAUCCAUUUUACAUUGUGAAGGAAGAAAUCCAGGAGUCUAUUGAUACCUUACAAGCUACUUUUCAUCAAUGGGAACACACCCCUGUAGCCAGUGGGGCCCAAACCCGACUAAUAAAAGAACUCCUUUCCAAUUGUGAGAGUAUUGAAUGGCAGGUGGAUGAAUUGGAGAAAGCUAUUUCUGUAGCAGCUAGAGACCCUGCUAAAUAUGGAAUCGAUCAACCCGAACUUGAAAGAAGAUUUAAAUGGACAAGAACUGCUAGGACUCAAGUGGUGAGUGUUAAGAAAUCAGUGAUGGGAACAGACUUGAAUGGCAGUAGCUCUUCCACAUUCAGUGGGAUGCGUCAAGAACUAAUGAGCCUGCCAAGUCCACGUCAGCAAGACAGAGCUAGCCAUUAUAUUGCUAAAGAUCAUGAUGAUUUCAUUUCUUCAGAAUCCGAUAGACAAAUGCUUUUAGUCAGGUGGAUAAUGUGUAUUUAUUAUUAUUAUUAUUUAUAUAUGAACGAUUUCUAUUGUAUGUUAUUAAUUGGUGAGUUUAGGCAACAAGAUGAAGAGCUGGAUGAGUUAAGUGAAAGCGUCCAAAGAAUUGGAUCUGUUGGGCUUACCAUACACGAUGAACUCCAUGCACAGGAGAAACUUCUAGAAGAAUUGGGUUCCGAGAUGGAUAGUACAUCCAAUCGUCUUGAUUUUGUCCAGAAAAAAGUGGCGGUAGUGAUGAAGAAGGCUAGUGCGAAGGGACAGAUGAUGAUGAUCUUGUUCUUGAUCAUUCUGUUUAUUGUUUUGUUUGUGUUGGUUUUUUUCACCUAGAGGUUACUACAAGUCAUUUGCCUAGCUAUGAUUCUAUUUUUUUAUAAUAGAAAAUUUUCAGUUUUGACUUUUGACAAUAAACAACACACUGUAAACUUGAGCAAAUUUUGAGACAUUAUUAUAACAGUCGUUUUUAGGUACUUAA